CGCUGCGAGUCUUUGUUUACUUCCGCUUAAUUGUGCCGUGAACUUCAUUCUCUCGAAAUGCAGCAGCGGGAGGAGAAGCAGCUGGAGGCCUCUCUGGAGUCUUUAGUAGCUCGCGUGGCUCAUCUGAAAGGUUCCCUUCAGAGUUUCAUUUAUAAACUAGAGAAUGAGUACGACAGACUGACGUGGCCCUCCGUGCUGGAUAAUUUCGCCCUUAUUUCUGGACAGCUGAACACCAUCAAUAAACUGUUGAGAAAUGAGAAAACCCCAUCAUACAAAUCACAGGUCAUCAUACCACUCCUGCUGUCUCCUGAUCGAGACGAAGAGCUGGCGAAACUAACAGAGCACCGAGUGCCAGUGUUCAGCCAUGAGAUCGUGCCUGAUCAUCUCAGGACCAAACCCGACCCGGAGGUGGAGGAGCAGGAGAAACACCUGAGCGCUGAAGCGGCUCGCAUCGGUCCUGAAGUAGCUCAGAAACAGAUCCAGGCAUUGAAUAAGCUUUGCUCGAAUCUUUUGGAGAAGCUGAAUAAUCCACGUGAAGACAGAGACUCUGAAACCUCAGCUUUAAGACAAAACAAGCCGUCGUUCAAUCCAGCCGAUACUAACGCUCUGGUGGCAGCAGUGGGCUUUGGGAAGGGUCUGUCGAAAUGCAGACCGCCUGGACCUGUCGCUCCAGGUCACCCUGGGCAGCCCAUGAUGCAAACGGGUCCGACACUACAGCAGGUCACAAUCGCUGGAGCUUCGGGUCAUCAGGCUGGCAUGAGUGGACCGGUCGCACCGCAACAGCCCGGACAACCUGGUAAAAUCCCCAGCAACAUCAAGACUAACAUCAAGUCUGCGUCCAUGCAUCCUUACAACCGAUGAGCUUCAUGCUUUUUGUCCUACAAUGUUUGGUAAAUAAGACCAUUUUUGUUUUUGAAUUUUCAAUAAACAUGUUUAUUGAAGUCUUGCGUCUAUCUAAAUUAUUUUAUCACAAUCAGGAUUGAAGAUUAUUCUUUUAGAUUUGGUCUCAAUAAAAGGUGUUUUUAGACUUGCUGACUUUGUUUUAGUCACUAGGUGGCAGUGUUGUUUUGUGUUCAUUACAGUCCACUAAAUAUCUAAAGGGUACCUUUUCAGAUGUUGUAUUACUAUUAAUAAGCUUUCACAAUAAACUAAAAUUGAUAUUAAAGACAUUUUAUCAUAUUUCAAAAUAAUGCUACAAAUAAAUGUAUUGCAUUUAUGCCUACAUGUAUGUUGUUCAUACAUUUUGUUUGUUUUAGUUUUUAAAACUUGUAUUUUUUAAAGAAAAGUUAUGUUAAUUAAAAUAUCUGUAAAUAAAUAGA